AUGCUGCGAAAUUUGCCGAAUUUGGGAAGGUGAGAAUUUUUAAAAAAUGCUGAAAACAAUGGGCUAUUUUUCAGAAACCUAACCUCGUUGCGGUUUAACAGCGCAAUGCAGCAAUUUUUCGACGAUGAGGCGAAUUUCGGAAAAUCCGAGCUUCGCCCAAAAAAUCGACCAGGAAGAUCGUGGACCGAAGAAGAGUUGCGACUAAAAAGCAACUCAGAUCUUCAUAAAUUAUGGUAUGUAUGUUUGAAAGAGCGAAAUAUGUUGUUGACGAUGAAAAAAGCGCACAUUGCUGCGGCGAGAAAUUUGCCAAAUCCAGAAAGAUUGGAUCGAGUUGAGGAAACUAUGGGAAAUAUUGAGAAUGUGGUUCAUGAACGAAAUGAUGCGGUUUAUAAAUUGGAGACUGGAGAGAGCGCAAAACCACGGGAACGAAACAUCACAUCAUUUGCUGGGUUCACUUAUAAGUAUGUACAUAUUUUCUGGGGGGAAAGGGUCUUUUGGGAGGGCUCGAAAACAAUCGAGAAAGUUAUUUAACAGAGUUUAAUAUUUCUGAGUUUUCAUGAAAAAAAUCCGCAUCCACCUAAAUUCAUAAACUUUGUUUCAGAAAACAAGUUCGCGAACAUUUGGCUCCAGCUUCAAUCACCGGCAAAAAAGAAUAUGAAAUUCCAUAUUUGGAGGAUGACGCAUAUAUGAUGCAAAAAUUAUGGAACGAAAAAGAAUUCAUGAAACGCCGUGACAAAUUGGACGAUGAAAUGAGAAGAGAAAAACAGACUGAAACUAUGAAAAGAUAUCAGAGAGGAGCGCCACGGGUUUUCAAUAAAUAA